AUGUCGGACUCUUAUUUCGGCUUCGAUACCACAAUGCCUCCUUUAAAUUCUGACCAGCUGACUGCUGGAACUGCGGAGAUAACUGAAGACGAGUUGUCUAAAAAUUUUGAGGAGUUUGCUCUCGAGUCUGGACAAGAUUUCGGUUGUGACCAAGGAUUUGAUCCUUUGGCGGAUCAAUUAGUUGAAACUGGUGAUGACUAUAAUGAAGAAACUUUUGGAAAUGACAUUACUAAUAUAGGCGAUGAUUUCGAUUUUACUCAAAGUAAUGCUAAGAUAGCAGAUACAAUACAAAAAGAAGAAAAACUUUACGUUGAUCGAAGGAAAAGUGCACCAUCAGAUAAUAAUGAACUUUUACGACAAAGACCCCUAUUUUCUAAUUUAUGGGACGAUCAGUCUGGUGGGAUAUCAGUAAAUGGCAAUGGUAGUUAUCCAAAUGACCCUACAAAUGACCCGAAAACUUCACCUUUGAUGCCAGAGUCUCCAAUAAGUCCUUCUAUAUGGGGAUCAUACCAUCCGCCUUCCACUCGCAAAGAAUCUCUUCCUCGUCACCAUCAUGAGACAAACCUACACCACCCAUCCUAUGAAAAUCCACCGACCUAUCCCCCAUCCCAAAUAUCUCCAUUACCACCUGGAUUUGGUCCACCUGGUCCACCUCCCACUGCGCGUGUGCCUACCCUCGAAGAAAUAGAGAAACAAUUACAGAGGCAAGCUGGCCAAUCGUUAACGAAGAGAAUGCUCAGCUUGGCAGAAGUGGAAGCUGCACUUUUGGGUUUGAAUGGUCGUCCUCCACCCUUGCCAAUAUAUGGUCAAACAGAAGGUGCAUAUCGCGAACAAGAGGCCGCUUUCUUAGAACAAGAGGCUGCGAUACGUGAACAGGAGGUUAUGUAUUAUGAGAGGGAAAGAAAACGUCGAGAGAAACAAAGAAAACUCGCAGAUAUGGCCAAAUAUAAUGGACUUAUGACACAAAAUGACAAAGAUUAUAUCAAUCGUAUCCAAAUAUCCCAACUUGUGACUGAUGACCCAUAUUCAGAUGACUUUUAUUAUCAAAUAUAUACAGCUAUACGGAACCGUCCAGCACAGCCUCAAAUGGGCACAUUUUCCCCUCAUGCUAGCGGUGGUGGUGCCAUGGGACACGAAAGAAGACACCGAAAUAGAGGGUCAGAAAGUGGAAUGUUAAAAGUGCAACAGCAAGUUUUGAGAAUAGUAAAUGAUGUGAGAAGAAAACCAAAAUCUACUCAAUUGUCAUUAGAAGGAGCAUUAGGAAAGAUUGCGCUUAAUUCAGUUCGUAAUCCUAGACAAUUAUUGCAAGUUUCGACAAAGCACACUGAUACUCAUCAAAAUCAUGCAAGUCCAAGCGGCGGCAGCCAUCAAAAAGUACCUUCAAUUUCAUCGCAUGGUGUUGUAGAUCAUCGGAAAGUUUUGCGUUCUAUUGAAAAUAUUUAUUGGGCAGUUUUGAGACUAGAAGAAUUGAAACGUAAUCAAGAAAGAGAGGCAAAGGAUAAAUGGCAAGAAAAAUAUACAGAAUUAGUUAACAAAAUGUGGGAGGAAUUACUUGUAACAGAGCCGAUUGGUGUCAGUUUUCCACAUCCCUUCAUUAGCAUACUUUCUGUCUCGAAGGGAAAAAAAGUUAUUCCUCGAGUUCUGCGACACUGCAAUAAAGAUCAAUUUACUACACUGAUUACGAUGCUUGUAGCUAACUUUGAAGCAUUAGAUGUAUGCAAAACUGCAAUCGGGGGAUCAAAUGGAAACAUCAAACAAUCAAUCUUGGACGAAGUUGAAUUAUUUAUGAACACUGUUGUUCCACCAUUGUUACAAUUUGUAGCUGAGGCACCAUUGAAAAUUGUUAAUGGUCUUUUGACAUUAUUUAUAGAGAGAAAUAAUAUUAUAUGGGUGGCUAAGAGUAAGGUUGGUCUUGCUUUCCUGACUAUGUUUUUGAGUCGAGCGGAAAUAUUAAAACAAGGCGGAGGUUAUAUGCAAGGACUACCAUUACCAGAAGAACGAGAAAUAAUGCAAUGGCAAGAAACCUACAAUCGAUUGUUUAAUCAACUUCAAACCUAUUUCUUGUUGUCAUUCCCGCCCUUUAUGUCAAACAUCGACGACAUGUAUGUAUGGCAAUUCUUGGCAGCUAUGGCAGUUGGAGCUUCAAUGGAACAACAACAUAUCUUAGUAACUGAAGUCAGAGAGCGGGUUCUUGAGACUGUAGUGCAAGCAUCACGAAUACCACAAGACAAAGCUACACAUAAAAUCACUAAUGUGAAUUUAUUCCUCCACGCAUUGGGGCUCGACGCUUCCCAACUCAAAAUAUAA